AUGGCCGUGAUGGGGAUCAUCUCCUUCCUGCCUUACUUCAACUGGCUGAAUUCGCAAAAGCUGACUGUUAGUGUUUGCGAUUAUUGGCUAAGUUAUCAAAGCAAUGGUUAUGCUGAAGGUGAACUGUUCUGCAGUGCCUUUCACGGAACUAACUUAUCGCUGUCACCUGAUGAGAGCUGGUUACCUAUUGCUAGCAUCUUUUCUGCAUUUUACAUAUUCAGGUCAGUGGUUGAGCUAGAAGCAGGCAUCAGAAGUGGUGAUAUCGAGAGUUUCAAGUUCAUCGAGAGAGCUUGGAAGCUCAUCUCUCCUAGUGCUGCUAAAGAGAAGGAUGGCCACCUUGGAAACAAGAUAGGCUCAAUCGGAAUGGGCGACAGACAGAAUAGGGGGAUACCAACAGCGCAUGAAUCAAGGGAGAGGCUUCGCAAUUCAGAUAUCUUCAAGAGGAAGCUUGAUGACUCCAACGAUGAGAAGCAAAAGAAGUCAGUUGGAACUGAUGCUCAAAGGCUCCUUUUCUCCUGCAUUUUCCUGAAUCUACGGAAAAUGGUUUAG